UUCUCCUCCUCUCUCUUUUACCCAAAAUUCAAACAAGGACUUGCAACUAUCAAAAGCAAAACAACUCAAUUUUGUUUCUCUCUCUCUAGGCAUUACAAAAAUUGUAGACUAGACCUACUGUACUUUCCCCCACAAGCCCCCACCAUCUCAUUUUCUAAUCAUCCUGUUGUCCUAUUCUAAAUUUUAUAAUCAACUUUUCCUUUGAGAAAUUUCACAUCAUGAAAAAAGAGUUGAAAACUGAGAAUAAUAACAGUAACGGUAACAAGCGGUCCCGAGUUGAGUCAGGAUUGGACUCAGCUGGUGACUCGCGUGAGUCCAAGCGAGUUAACGCAGAGGUUGAGACUGGUCCUGACUCGUCCGAGUUUAGCCGAAUCGACUCGGAGUCGGGAGUGAGUCCCAACCGUUCAAACUCGCCGGAAUCGAAUGACGUGCAAACAGAUGUGUACCUGGAUUCACCGGAGGCUAAGCAGAUAAGAGAAGAUAUAUUGGAUAUCUUAGAUGAGCCUGACGCUCUAACGGAAUGCCCGCCGGAGAUUCAGGAUCUGGACUCUGUCAUGAAGAGUUUCGAGGAAGAGAUCCUUCACCACUCACCUCUGAACGACACACAAACCGUCCUUGACCUGACUCCAUCAGAAUCCGGCGACUCACAACCGGACCUCGGAUACCUCCUCGAGGCGUCGGACGAUGAGCUCGGUCUCCCUCCCACAACAUCUCCGACCGACGAAGAGGUUAACGUCGAAUCUACCGUCAUGCCGGAGGCCGCUGAAUUUGCGAAUAUGACUUGUUUUGAGGACGAAAUGCCUAAUUACGACACGUUCGACUUCGGCAUGGACCACGAGGCUAGGGUAGGAGAUAGUGACAUCGGUAACAGCGACGGCGACUUUGUGACAGUUGGAGGAUUGUUUGAUUAUCCUGAGCCGUCGGAUUUUUCCGAUUUCUCAUGGCGGCAGGAAUCCUUACCCGCUCUAUAAACUGAUGAAAUUUCUACGUAGGUUUUGUGAAUGGUAGCGUAGUUUGUACAUCUGAAAACCAGAAAGCACAAGAUAUAAAUAGGAAGCUCAUACUGUAGAAUCAAAUGUUUUCAGAGGCUAGAAAUUGGAGUUUUAAAGGGAAUUUGCUCAUUUGAACUCAAA